UACAGGUGUGGAAAAAGAAUGGUACAGGAGCCCACCGGUAGGAAUGACUUACUCUGUGAAUGAUUAACUGCCUGGCAAAGGAGGUGACCUAGGAGGACGGUCCACUUAACAGGAACUUUGGACUUGGGGCAGAGUGUCUAGAAGAUUGGUGUGUGGUUUACAGAAGAAGAGGACGUGGCGGGGUGUCAGGGCUGGGCUUUCAGGACUGGAGUAAGAUCAGGUUUGCUGCAGGCUUGAUGACUUUGCCUUCAGUUUUCAUUUCAGGCAGCUAUGAAUACAAGGCAGUGCUGAGAGAAGCAGGGUAUGGCUGCAACCCUACAGGUCCUGCCCUGUCUCCUCCGAGCCCCGUCACGUCCAUUCCUCUGGGGACCUCCAGUGGCCCGGAUGGCUAGUGGUAAGGCCUUGGCAGAACAGGCCCGGCAGCUGUUUGAGAACGCUGUGGGAGCCGUGCAGCCAGGGCCCAUGCUGCAAAGGGCACUGUCCUUGGAUCCAAGUGGCAGACAGCUGAAGGUGCGGGAUCGGAGCUUUCAGCUACAGGAAAACCUCUACCUAGUGGGUUUCGGCAAGGCUGUCCUGGGUAUGGCGGCUGCAGCUGAGGAGCUACUGGGCCAGCAUCUUGUGCAGGGUGUGAUCAGCGUUCCCAAGGGGAUCCGGGCUGCUAUGGAGCAUUCUGGAAAGCAAGAGAUGCUCCUGAAGCCACACAGCCACAUCCAGGUGUUUGAGGGUGCAGAAAACAACUUACCAGAUCGUGACGCACUUCGGGCUGCACUGGCCAUCCAGCAGCUGGCAGAGGGGCUCAGUGCUGAUGACCUGCUGCUUGUGCUCAUCUCAGGUGGGGGCUCAGCCCUGCUGCCUGCACCCAUCCCACCUGUCACACUGGAGGAGAAAAAGACGCUCACCAAGCUGUUGGCAGCCCGUGGAGCCACAAUCCAGGAACUGAACACUAUCCGAAAGGCCCUGUCCCAGCUGAAAGGUGGAGGGUUGGCUCAGGCCGCCUACCCUGCUCAGGUGAUAAGCCUCAUCUUGUCAGAUGUGAUUGGGGACCCUCUGGAGGUGAUCGCCAGUGGUCCUACGGUGGCCAGCACCCACAGUGUGCAAGAUUGCCUGCACAUUCUUAAUCGCUAUGGACUUCGUGCCGCUCUGCCCCGCUCUGUGAAGACUGUGCUCUCCCGAGCUGAUUCUGACCCUCAUGGGCCACAUACCUGUGGCCAUGUGCUCAAUGUGAUCAUCGGCUCCAAUUCUGUGGCACUGGCUGAGGCUCAGAGGCUAGCUGAGGCACUGGGCUACCAUGCCAGGGUGUUGAGCACAGCCAUUCAGGGUGAUGUAAAAAGCGUGGCCCAGUUCUAUGGGCUGCUAGCCCGGGUGACUGCAGCCCGCCUUACUUCAUCCAUGGCUGGGCCUCCCUUGGAGGAAGAGGUGGCAAAACUCCAUCAGCUGGCAGCUGAGCUCCAGCUCCCAGACCUACAGCUGGCGGAGGCUCUGGAAGCUGUGGCAAAGGCUGAAGGCCCAGUCUGCCUCCUGGCUGGUGGGGAGCCCACAGUUGAGCUGCAGGGAUCUGGCAAGGGUGGUCGGAACCAAGAACUGGCCCUGCAUGUGGGAGCAGACCUGGGAAGACAGCCGCUGGGGCCCAUUGAUGUGCUCUUUCUGAGUGGAGGCACCGAUGGACAGGAUGGGCCUACAGAAGUGGCUGGGGCCUGGGUCAUGUCUGAUCUUGUCAGCCAGGCUUCUGCUGAAGGACUGGACAUAGGCGCUUUCCUUGCCCAGAAUGACUCAUACACCUUCUUUUGCCGCCUCCAGGGUGGAACACAUUUGCUACAUACAGGGCUGACAGGGACCAAUGUCAUGGAUGUCCACUUUCUGAUUUUUCAUCCUCGGUGAUGGCAUAAGUUCCCAUUUUGAGCCUGUAUAAGAGGCCUGCAAGGGCAGAAUCUCCUAACAAGAUCAUGGGCUACCUCUCAGGUCACGUUAGGACUCCCCCUCUCCUUAGCCUAGCUCCUUGGAUUUCCACCCACCCUCCACAGGUUUACUUUAUAUUCGCUCCCACAACUAGGUUAGAAGGUGGGGUCUCCUUUCAACCCCUACUUUCUGUCAUGGCAGCAGGUUAGGGCCAGAAGAAGCUCCUUGGCCAGUUCACAGUCCUCAUUUUCUCCCCAGGCCCUUCUCCCCAGGUCCUCAGCCUUUUUCUUCCAUGGAGUGAAGUUAAGGAGUCUGAAAAUAAAAAAAGGAGCAUGUUGUGGGAGUCUCA